CCCAACGAAGUGAUGGGCAAGAUCUUUUGUUUUGCUUGUUGGCUGUUUCUUCAGCUCACAAUCCAAACCUUGAGCAAUACAAAAUCCACUUGCCAACAACAAAAUUGACUACUACUACCGUACAAACACUUGCAAUCAAAACUCUCAACAUGAAGUUCUUCUCCAAUCUUUUGAUUCUUGCUGCUCCCCUCUUGGCUACUGCCAGUGAAACUGAUGCCCAUAACCGUGCUCUCGAGAUUGGUGACUGGAGCGUCAACUUCAAAACAAUUGAUGGACAGGACUUUACCUAUGAAACUGGUCCUGGUGCUGGUGAAAAUGUGAAUGUGAAGAUUUCUGUUGAAAACAAAUGUCGCCAGGAAGCUGUCGCUGCAGAGCGCACCAAUGUUGGUCACUUCUAUCCCAACCCAGAUGUUUCUGGCAUUGCUGUGGACACCUCAGGAAUUGUCAAUGCCCCUGGUAUGGGCAUCAAUGGCUUCUCCUUCUCCUUCGUUGAAGGAGUCAAUGAAAAUGGGCUCAUCUACUCAGAAGCUGAUGAUGGUCUCAAUGCUGCUGUCAACUUCUGUGUUGUGCUUGGACUUUACUCUGACAUUAUGUUGAUUGACUUUGCUGAGGUCAAGCUAACCUACCUGAUUGAUUUGGUGACCCAAGUUCCUACGUUGACUGGUUACACUGUCACUCAAGCCGAGGCCUUUACUGAUGCUGAGGACACCAAUCUCAGCUUUGAUGGAUCUCUCUUGGCAUACUUCUGUGACCCUGAUACCUACACCAUUCUUACCAAUGAUGGUUCUGAUGCUGUCACCACUCAAGGAAGUACCCUCAAUGUCUGCUUCAGGGUUGAAACAGGACAGUUCCAAGUCAAGGAUAUCAUGGAGUUCACUGUCAAGAAUGCUGAAGCUGCAGAGCCCUCUCAGCUCAUCAUCACGGAAUCUCAACCUGCCUCCACCAUCUUCUCCACCAAGAAGUGUGUUGAUGAAGGAAAUGAUAACAAUGUCUGUUUGGUUUCGUUCUUGUUGUUUGCUGACUUUUAUGAUUUUGAAGCCUUGACCUUGACUGGAGUUGGAAGCAUUCUCUUGGAGCUUGGAGGAACUGCCACCGGUGGCCGUCGUUUGCGCAAGAAUAUCCAGAUUGUGGAUGGUCACCGCAAGCUUCAGAGUGAGGUGACUGAAACAGUUGAUGUCCAGCCCCAGCCAUUUGCCGUUGAGAAGCACCACCUUGCAGGAUCCUCGGCCAACUCUGCCCUGGCCUCCCUUGCUACUGUUGGAGCCAUUGCUGGAGCUGCCUUGGCUCUCUAAGCAGUGCUACCAGUCAUUAGCUGAUGUCUUGGGAACUCCGGUGCGAGUGCAAGGAUGACGGAUGAUCAUGGAGGACAACUCUGAAAGAAAAUGUGCGUGUAUACCAAUAGAGAAUUGAAAGUAUUCUAUAGAGAAAAUUG